AUGCUUAUAGAGAAAAGGAUAGACAACCGGAACUUCGAUUUUGUAUUACCGGUGCAUGUGGAUAUAGAUGAAAUAAAUGAGUACAACAAAACAUGCAAAUAUAUUAGUGGAAAUAUAAACCCAGAAGUAUAUAGUAAGAACACAAAUAAUACGAUAAGUACAAUAAUUGGAGGAGAGCAGAAUUAUGAUUUAGUCGAAUCGAGUAAAAAAAUAUUACUUGGUAACGGUAUGAGCAGUAUAGUAACAAGUACGCUAAUUGGUCCAGUACCGAACAAUUUAAUGUUUAGUAAAGGGGUUGAGUCAGUGCAGUUUAACAUAAGGAUAAAAAAUAUACAAGGAUGCAGAAAUGAAAGAGAGAAGAUGUUCGAAGAGUUAAUUACAAAAAUGUUUGAGCAAAUACUUGAUAACAGUUUGUAUAAAUUUCAAUUAUUUAAUAUAAGGAUUCAAAUAUUAUGUGAAUGUACUUUUAUCUUAUCAAGUAUAAUAAACUCAGUUAUGCUAAAUUUCAUCCAUAAUAAUAUUAGUUUGAAUUAUGUUAUUGCUGCUGUGAAUAUUGGUAUUGUUGACCAGGCCAAAUAUAAAGCAUACAUAGAGGAGAGGCGCUCCUUGUCUAUUCACAUCCUGGACCAGGUUAGCAGCGAAAGGGAAGUAGUACAUAAAUGGAAAGAAGAUGAUGUACGCAAUGAAUGGGAAGCGGCAUACGAAUUACACAAACAUAAGCUUUUUUAUGAACAAAGAGAUGGAAGGUACAUUCCCCAAAUUAUAGUUGACCCCCUUAACAGCGAAAUAGAUCUCUACUGUAGUAGUGCCUUUUGCUUUAUCAUUGCUCCAGAAUUUCAUAAAGUGAUAUCAAAUAUAUUAAUAAAACAAUACCUAGGAAUUUCAAGAGGGCUUUUUAAUUUGUCAAAAUCGUAUGCAUGUCAAGCUUCGAAAUUGCUACAUGAGAACAUCCGAAAAAAUUUCACAGCGCACUUGAAAAAAAUCGAGACUAGCCUCCACAGCAACUACUUUUAG